GGCGCUCUUCCUACUUCCGGAAAAAUGGCGGCGGCCUGGAGAACCGUUUGGGCGGUUGUCUCCCGGGGAUACGUGAGGCGCGGCGGGGCGCCGGUGCUGAGCAGCCUGCGGGCCCACAGGCCCCGGGUGGGCCCCUGGCUUACCACUGCCGCCCUGGUCGGAGGCGGCGCGUUCGUGGGCUUUGGCGGAGGAUGGAGCGGGCAGGGCGGGAGCGGCGGCUUCCUGACAGUCCUGGCUGAGAAGGAGGAUAAUGUCGAUGAAGAGAUGGCGGAAAAACUGUCCAUCCGAAAGCAACGUUUUAUGCAGUUUGCUUCCUUGGAAUAUGAAGGCGAAUAUUACAUGACUCCAAGGGACUUCCUGUUUUCAGUGAUGUUUGACAAAUCGAGACGUAAAACUUUAGCCAAGAAACUGACAAAAAAGGAGGUAGAUUCGACUCUAGGAAAUGUUGCAAAGACUAAACCAGGGCCAACUUUUUUUAGAGACCUCGGAGAUAAAGGAUUGAUCUCCUACACAGAGUACCUCUUUUUGCUGACAAUACUCACAAAACCACAGACUGGAUUUCAUAUUGCUUUUAAAAUGUUGGAUGCAGACGGGAAUGAACAUUUAGAGAAAAAGGAAUUUUUUAAGCUGCAGAAAAUAAUUGGGACGCAAGAUGAGCUUAAAACAGCUUUAGGAGACGAAACACUAUCUCAGGAGCCAGAAUCAGAAGACCCUGAUAUUAAUACCAUGUUGCUGGUCCACUUCUUUGGAAGAGGAGGGAAAAAGAAGCUUCAUUACUGUGAAUUUCACAGAUUUAUGCAGGAUUUACAAACAGAGAUACAAGAGAUGGAAUUCAUCCAAUUUUCCAAAGGUCUAGCCUUCAUGAGAAAAGAGGAUUUUGUAGAGUGGUUGCUGUAUUUUACUGAGCAAGAGAACAAUGAAAUUUACUGGCAAAAUGUGAAAGAAAGAAUCCAAGCAGGAGAGAGUAUCAGUUUGGAGGAAUUUAAGACUUUCUGCCAGUUUACAAACCGCCUAGAAGAUUUUUCAAUUGCCUUGAAAAUGUUCACAGUAGCCAGCCGCCCUGUUAAACGAGCCGAGUUUAAGAGAGCUGUGAAAGCUGUUACAGGACAGGAACUCUCAGAAAAUGUUUUGGACACCGUCUUCAAGAUCUUUGAUUUGGAUGGAGACAAUUGCCUCAGCCAUGCAGAAUUCCUUGGAGUCCUAAAAAACAGGAUGCAUCGAGGCUUAAGGGUGCCUCAGCAGCAAGGAGUUCCAGGUUACUGGAAAUGUGUGAAAAGGGAGAGCAUUAAAGGAGCAAAAGAAGUAUGGAAACAAACUGGGAAAAGUCCCUUCUAGAAAAAAGAGCAUAAUUUUACGACUAUAAAUGUCUGGAUUUGCUUUUGGUGUAUGUUUGUUUACAUAUUGGCUAUAUUUGAUAGAAUAGAAUGCCUUUAUACAAUUGAGUGUUGAACAAAUUUAUUUUUUCAUUAUAAUUCUACAGUAUUUAUCAGUAUAAUCAAUAUUGAUGGGGGACUAUGACAAUUUCCAGAUUUCAUAAGGUGUUUUAAUUCCCAGUUGUACUGAAGUUCUAAAAAAUGGAUACUAUCAAAAUCCCUGAAUUGAUCAGUCUGCCUGGAAUUUGGUAGAAUUAUGUUUCAUAAGAAAAGCACGUCCCCUUAACAGGGCUGAAAGACCUAAAAGGAUAUCCUGUGACCAGAAAGAAGAAAAGCCCGAAACCUACAACUCCAGAAUGAAUUUUAUAAAGCAACAAUCAUUUUAAAACUACAAUCCUCAGUUGCCUCACAGAUUUCACUAGUUCUGGACAAUUAUUGGACUGAAACUUUGUAUAUUCCUGUACAUUUUUCUUCUAAUUUAUACAAAUAUAUUUUUGACUAUUCUGUUUGCAGUCUGCUUUGGAUCUCUCACUCCAGCCUGGAAAUAGGAACAUGUUUACAUAAACUGCAAGAUUGUAAAUGGUGUGAAUUUGUAUAGACAAAAAGUUGCAUGCAGUCAAGAAAUGGGUGGAAAAUAAAGUGUCUUUUGGU